GUCCCUGGCUUUGUAAUCUUUUCCCACCAACCACACUGGCGCCAUUUCCGUUGAACUAAACUAUGGAUCGUAUUAAACGAGCCUUUUCAACUCAGGAAGACACAGAACAAAUUAUAGACCCUGCAAUUCAGAUUGGUUGCUCCUUAAGUUGGGGCGCUCGGAUCAAAGGCUUCCUAAUAUGUUUCCUUCUCGGAAUCUUGUUGUCGCUUCUGGGUUCCAUGUUAUUAUGGUUGCCUUUCAAGGGUAUAAUCUUAUUCGCAUUGUUUUACUCUCUCGGCAACCUCUUUUCCAUCGCUAGCACGUGUUUUCUUAUGGGUCCAGUCAAGCAGUUCCAAAAGAUGUUUGAGGAAACUAGAGUUUUUGCUGCUGUCAUUAUGCUUGCCUGCCUGCUCGUCACCGUCAUCGCUGCUGUCAAGGUGAUUGGAUCUCAUUAGCGUCACCACGAUCUUUCAGGGUUACAAGUUGCUUUGUCUUAUUUUCUGUAUCUUACAAUCACUUUCCCUAACAUGGUACUCACUUUCAUACAUUCCCUUCGCGAGGGAUGCGGUUAAAGGCUGUUGCACCUCUAUGGUGUGCUGACAUGGAACCAGAACUUUACUGCUACAGUUUCGGAAUAAUUUUGUCUUGGAACGAUUCACCACGAAGCUGUAACUUGUCGAAGCACACUACUUUCUUAUUAAUGUCUUUCCCAUCAUUAAACUACCCACUGGCACGGUGAUGUCAUCUUUUAUAACACACAUUUUUCUCAACAAAUUACUUUUUCCGAAUCUCGCGUGUUUUGUACAUUUAAAUUUCGUCUCAUCGACAUCUCCAUUUAGAAUUCCAGCAAUCGGUGUUUCAUGACUUCUAUUACAAUGGUCGGAGACUGGUUUUCGUUCUUUAGAACGCU